AUGACACCGAACAUGCGCGCCUAUGCAGCUGGUCUGCUCUGCUUGCUCUUUUCUACUCAGCUUGUCUCUGCAUUCAUCCGCGAGGGCUGCUCGAUCGUUGCUCGAGAGAGGAUCGAUCCCAUUGUCGAUCCAGGCAAUAUAGCUGGUCAUGUUCAUACAAUCAUGGGCUCGAGCGCAAUUGGUCCCGACGCGACUUAUGCCAGCCUGAGAGCGGGCGGCUGCUCAAGCUGUCAGGCACUCGAUGACAAAUCUGCCUAUUGGGUUCCUACGCUCUACAUGGCACUCAAGAACGGCAGCUUCAUCUCUGCCCUUCCUCAAGGUGGCGUGCGAGUCUACUGGAUGAAGCGUGGCAUGGGCAAGGAGAAAGUACACGCUUUCCCAGAAGGCUUCCGCAUGGUCGCCGGCACAUCUACCCUGCGCACUUACAACGCUAGCGCACUCGAGCAGAGAGCGAUACAGUGGGGCUGUGUCGGCGGCAAAAAGGAUACCUUCACACCUGGCUUUCCGACGAAUGCACACUGCCCACUCUCGUUGCGUCUCAUGCUCAGCUUCCCAUCCUGCUGGGAUGGCAAGAAUCUCGAUUCGGCCGAUCACAAGAGUCAUAUGGCCUAUCCUGCCAAUAUUGGCACGGGCAAGUGCCCAGCUAGCCAUCCCGUCCGUACGGCUGCCAUCAUGUACGAGAUCAAUUGGAAUCAGCAAGCCUUUGAGAACUAUCGCUCUCUCGCGCUCAAGCCGAGCCAACCCUGGGUACUUGCAAAUGGCGAUGGCACAGGCUAUGGCAUGCACGGAGAUUUCCUCAAUGGAUGGGAUGUGCCUGCUUUGCAGAAGAUUAUCGAUGUCUGUGGCGCGAGCAUCUCCAGCGGUGAGAUCAGCGAGUGCAAGGUCGCCCGUCAGCAGCCUGCCGCCAAUGUCUGGAACCCUGCUCAUGGCUGCCACAAGACACCACUUUACAACGAAACCACAUCUGGCAUGCUAGCCAAACUCCCGGGCUGUAACCCGGUCACCUAUGGCCCUAUUUCUGCAGGAAACAAAACCUGCUCGGCGACUGUUCCAGCCACGUUCAAGACGCCCGUUGGCUACUAUGGCCUCGUUCCGCCGCCAGGCAGUCCAGGUCUCACCACUAAUCCUGCCAUCCUCACCAACGCCUCGGGCUACAACUACGUCGGCGCAUUCAGUCCUAUCUGGAGCGGUCGUACCUCGAUCCAGCGUGAUAUCACGAGCAGUAUCGCAGGCGGCAGGGCCAAGAUCACGACAGCGAAAUGCAUGUCUGCUUGCGCCAAGCUAGGGUACAAAUAUUGCGGCAUGACCGGCAACACCUGCUGGGGCAACAAGCAGGCCUAUCCGACCAGCAAGAAGAUCUCUUACGACGCUUGUAGCGUUCCUUGCCUAGGUAGCGCAAGUGAGAUGUGCGGCAGCGUCAAGUGCUAUCAGAUGUACGCGGCUACAGGCGCACUCGCUUCUACUAACACGACCUCUUCGUCUACUACUACCGCCACGCAUUCCAGCAGCUCGGUUGCAGCAAGCUCGAUGAAGGCAUCUCAGCUCAUGAAGAAGCACCUCAAGUCCCAGAGAUCACGCAAGCAUCGCAGAGCGACAGCAUGA